UUUUCGCUAGAUUUUGCCAAAUGUAGGCCACAUCCGCUAAACCACCUCUACAGAACAACCACCACGUCUAGAAACAUAUACUCACCCCCUUUUGCGCGUUGCAAUUGUAGUUAGCCCAUAGUGUGUUGUCUCUUUUUCAAUGACAACAGCAACAAUUUUGGAGUUCAACAUCAUCACCACCAGCACCACCACCAACAGCAACAGCGCCACUAGGGGUAGUUUUUGAUGUCCCCCCAAGCGUCGUCUUCGUCGUGAGCGCGAGCGUGCUGUGUGUAGUAGCCCUCGAGAACCGAUCGACCGCGGUCACGAUCCCGUUUUACUUCUUCCUACAUAGUUCCCCGUCGGGUGUCUGUUUCCCUCAUAAUUCGAACCUUGUGCAGUGUGUCAAUCAAUCCUCGAUACGGAAUCAUCCCCUGAGCGCUUCUUAUUACUAGCUUCUUCUGGUAGUGCAACCGAAAAUCACCUAUUUCUCAUACACGAAGCGAGAAAUUUCCACCUGAGCGUUUGCUGUGCUCCGUGUGUUUGGUUUGAGAGCAGUGUGCAGGAGAAGAAAUCGGAGGAAAAUGUUUAUGUAAUUGAAGUAUGGCUCCCGCAGCAAUCUCCCAGCAGUAGUGGAAGUAACCGGAAAAUCCAAACCAUAAAAUGCUAAUGAAACUGGAAUAGUGAACGGAACGGGUGAAAAAAGAAUCCGGACGCUUUGUCACACGGUAGUGUACUUCUCUCCUAAAGCGCGUUCCCUGAGCGCGCUUAUCUCUUAUCCACACCCACCCCCAUCGACCUCAAGUGUAGAAGUUAGCUAGGAGCCGGGAAUAGAUAGGAAGAAGAAGCAUACACACCUACUUUUGUGUGUGUUGUUAUUGCGAGUUGCCGACUACGACGACGGAAUAAUCGGCUCGAGUCAGCUGAUCUCCUUGAACGCGCGGGAGUUGUCUUCAUUUUCCCCUUCACUAACCACCCUCCCUCCAAUCCAUCCACCGGCGGGCGGCUCGAGUUGUUUGUUCGAGAAAAAAGUUUCGUGUUUUGGCAUUUUCCUGCAACGUCCGACCAGUAGCGAGCAUCGUCGAGCACUGAGCAGGCGGUGCCGAAGAAAAUUGAUUGCGGUUCCAGUGAAGAAAAAAAAAGAAGGCAGUAAAUUCAUAAGAACCAUCGCAAUUACACAAGGGAAAUAGAAACCGAAUCAGCAACAAUGAGUGAAAAUUUCAUCAACUUCUCCGAGAUCAGAGAUCUACGAACGGCGUUUGAUCUGCUGGACAGGGAUCAGGAUGGCCACGUGACGCCCGAGGAGCUACAGUUUAUGCUGCGGAAUCUGGGCAUCCACGUGCGUGACGAACUCAUCGACGACCUGCUGCGGGAGGCUAGCAGAACAGGAAGUGGACUAAUAGACGAAACCGAGUUCCUCCAGUGGGUGGCCCGCAUCCAGGCGCUCAAAGAAGAAAGCAAUAGCAGCAGCAGUGGCAGCAGUAGUAGCAACAGUACCACCCAGGCAGCCGACGAUGACCUCACGCAGGACCUGGUGGCGGCCUUCAGGGUAUUCGACCGUGACGGUAACGGUUACAUCACACGUGACGAGCUCAAAUCGGCGAUGGACAUGAUCGGCGAGAAUGUGACAGAGUACCAGCUGAACGAGAUGCUGGAACUGGCGGACGCCGACAAGGACGGUCGGAUCAACUAUGAAGACUUCCAGACCUUUUUCCUUAACAAUCUCGACACGUUCGUGCAGCCUGGGCGGAAAUAAAAAUCGACCACCCAACCCCGGGGAUUGCUGGUCCGAUACGGCGAAAAUGAAAACAGUUAUGUUCCUCCUACACAACCCGCUCGGAGAGAGAGAGCCGGGAAGAUUUUCGUUCAUAAGUUAGCCGAGUACACCGCGCGUUGUAUGAUAGUAAUUGAUAGAAAGUGGAACUUGCAGCCACCAAAACAGAGUAUACUUAGCGUUAAGCAGAGAAUGCCCGCCUCUGGGUUAUUGCUACUUGUCAAUAUGCAUAGUGCUUGUAAGAUUGUUACUGUUUAGAUGAUACUGUAUAUACUAGCGACUGCAACUGAAGAUAAUAAAAUGGAAAAAUGUGAUCCAGUGUUUAUCCGAGGAAUAUCGUUAAUGUUCAAACUGAAAGCUGUGGAAUUAUUCAAUAACAGAUAACACAAGCCGGUGUGACGAUGAUUGUGGUUCAUCGCACGUAGCUGGGAGGCUACCACCGAGUGGAAAGCCCAGAAGGUAAUACGCACAGGUUCGAUAUCAGAAAUAAUAGAUUUAGGUUGUGUGCUAUGUAUGUAAACUAAAUGGCAAAUUAUUCAAUAAAUUUUUGAUUUUGAACUCAUCGGUAGAA